CGUGUGAAGGGCGCUCCUGUUGAAAGUCUCCAGGUUAUUGUGCUGCUGGACGGAGGAGUUAGGGAGAGAGCAAGAGUUUCGGGGAGGGAAACCUGACAACAGAAGAAAAUACUUUAUACGAUAGGUUUGUCACACUGAAGUAAAUCAUAUACUUAUACUAUCAGUAAUUCUGAGUUGUUUAUGGGAUUUAUCAAGGACACGGUCUAUCUUGACGCGGUUUUUGGUGCCGGAGUCUACUUGUUACCUUUCACGGAAAGCGACUGAUAACUUCAUGGCUUUGACAGUGACGGACCAAAGCAGCAAAUUAAACGGACCAUCGACAAUUUACAGUUGGAUUUGCGCACGAAGAGAAGUCCAACACGGCAAAAGGAACACCGGUACGAUGCAACCUAAGGACACAGAAUACUCCACGGACGGUUUGCCCAAAGCGUUUCUACACAGUUUGCGGACACUGUUUGACAUACUAGACGAUGGGAAAAAAGGCUAUGUGCACAUCUCGGAGAUUGAGAGCCGAUGGCAGGGAGCGGACACGCGGGACUUGCCCGGCGGGGUUCUGGAGUGCCUGAGGCGGGUUACACCACCUCACGGGUGCCUGACGUUUGAGCGCUUCGUGGCGGGGCUCAGGUACUCGAUGCUCAACCCGGACAACCGCCACGUGAAGGCCCAGGCUACUGUGCUCCCGCAACAGGCGCAUCCACAUCCUAAACAGCAUCUGUUACCGCCGCAGAAACCAGCGCCUCUCUCAGCGUGCAGCGUAGCGACACGGAACGAAAACAAAGUUCGUCCACUUGGUCCAAGCAACGGGAUCAAUAUACAGCACCGCGCAACGUCUCUUCAGAGCCGGUCCAGACACGAGGACGGCGGUACCGGAUACCCCACAGGUGGUGGUCCCACGCGGUACAACAAUGUGGGUUUUGAGAGAACCGGCAGAAGUUUAGAACGGAUUCCCAUCGUGCCUGAAAGCGGGAUAUACCGAACGGAGUCGGUUCGUGUUGGUAAACAGGCGCAGGCGCAGCAGUGCAGAGUCCGCUCCAUAGAGUCCCUCGCGCUCGAGGCUCCACAGCUCCAAAAACCAUGUAAGUUGAUCUUCACUCGUGAGCGCGUCCGCCGUCUAAUCAGAUCUAUCAGAACAGGGCCUGUAUUCAUGUGA